AUGUCACAAGAUCGGACUGGGCCGAUCAUUCACGUUCGUGAGAACAGCGAUACAGAGUUGGAGGCUCUCUUCAACAUUGCCAUGAACCCGUCGCUGGCAGAAACAAAUAAGAUUGUGCCGUUACGAGAGCGGAACCUACCCGCAUCGUUUUUUUGCCCACCUGAACCCCCGAAACAAAUGCAGCAGCAGAUUGGGGUGGGUAAAGACAACACCACCGACGCACCCGUUUUCCACGGGGCAGUAAACCCUUCCAUAAACAUAGCACACAUGAGGGCUCACUCGUCUCCGGCCAGUUUACAACAGAGCCUGAGCGCAGCCCCUCCACCAGCUAGCUCAUCCCACAUCCGACAACACAGCUACGACGCUCUGGACGAAGAGCCGUUACCAACGGGAUGGGAUAUGGCCAGAACACCGCAGGGUCAGAGGUAUUAUUUAAACCAUGUUCUACAAAUAACAACCUGGAAUGACCCACGCAAAACUCACAAUGCUGGUAACCCAGGCACUCUUUCCAGUACCAGCAACAACAACAAUAAUGCAAACACAGCAAACCUCAACAGUUCGCCACAGACUGGAGUUAGUUCCCUUUCCAGCCAGCCCCCUCUAAGCUCCACGCCCAUCAACGUGGACAAAGUCCCCCUUCCCCCAGGUUGGGAAAGGGCAUACACUGCAGACCUCGAGGUAUAUUUCAUCAACCAUAUUGACCGCACAACGAGUUGGUUUCAUCCUUCUGUACCCACUCACUUGCAGAGGCCAGGGAUGAAGUUUCAGCAGCAGCAACAACAGCAGCAGCAGCUUUCGAGCGGUCCAAUGAGCCCACAGCAGGAUCGGUUAAAACACCUGAAACUGCAACAGCUUCAAAUGGAGCAGGAACGUCUGAAGAAGAGGCAGGAUGAGAUUGCACUGCAGGAGAUGGCUCUCAGAGCCCAGGUUGGUGACGCAGUGUUGGGUACAUCUGGAGAUAUCACAGCCAUCUCACAGUCUACCGAAAUGACAUCCAUAACAGACCCAUUCUUUGGACAGGCCGGCACAUCCGAUCAUCACUCGAGGCAGGAGAGUGGGGACAGUGGGCUAGGUGGGAUGGGGACAAGCUACAGCCUGCCUAGAACACCAGACUUUCUCGGGAACAUGGAAGACAUGGACACUCAGGAUGGGGGCCCCAAACUUCAAGGUCAGUCAGAUUUUGGCAGCAUGGAUAUGGCAGGAGUUGGUGAUGUGGUUGACCAUCUUACCAUGGACUCAGAAGACCUGGUUCCAAGCCUACAAGAGGAAAUCAACAGUGAACUUCUGAAAGAUGUAGAGAGAGUGUUAGGCAACAAAGACAAUCCAUUGACUUGGUUGUGA